AUGAUCAUUUUCCAUCACGCGCCUCCAGCUCCCACCCCUACACGACAAGAAACGAAGAAGCCAGGAGUAAAGAGUAACCAGAAACCUCUAGGUCAGCAGUUUGUGGUAUUUGGGGGCCAACAAUGUCCCUAUACAGAUGGCAUGCCACCGUUCCCGCCCACUUGGGAGGAGUCCGUCGCACUUCUAGUCCAACAAUACAUCCCCAAGGAUGAAAUCCCCCUCCUAGGAAACCUUGACGGACCAAGUUCCCGAAUUUGCGGCGGAUGGGUCCAGGCGCUAUUCCACGUGGAUCAGAGUAACGCGAACUUUGAGAGCAUGUUAUUACCUGCGGCCCGAGCCCUGACGCUGUCUAUGCUAGUGGCAGACAAUAACAGCCAACAACAGUACCUCAACACUUAUGUCGAUGCACUGCAAGGCAUCCGAUGUCGCCUAGCUGCACAGAAAGAAGUGACUGACAACGUCGCCGCUCUUGCUGGCAUGUGUCUUGCUGUGUCAGAGGUAUGCUCUAUGAGGGCUCUUGCACUCUUUCAGAUAUACAUGCUGACAAAACCAUGA